GCCUGCUUGCUCCAGUAAUCCACAGUUGUCCAUCAUGUCCAUGUCAAUGUCUAUGUCCUCCUCCAGGGUCUCUCGAAGUGGAGGUGGUGGUGGUGGAGCUAGGAUAGGAGUGGGGUAUGGCGGAGGUUCUGGAGCAGGUCUGGGGCUCGGGAUGGGUCUGGGUGCUGGAGGUGGGGCUGGUGCCGGGUUUGGAGGUGGAUCAGCAUUCGGCAUGAGUGGUGGAGGUGGAUCAGCGUACGGCCUGGGUGGCGGAGGUGGAUCAGCGUACGGCCUGGGUGGCGGAGGUGGAUCAGCGUACGGCCUGGGUGGCGGAGGUGGAUCAGCGUACGGCCUGGGUGGCGGAGGUGGAUCAGCGUACGGCCUGGGUGGUGGAGGUGGAUCAGGGUUCGGUCUGGGUGGCGGUGGAGGUGCUGGAGCACUUUUUGCCAGCCCGGCAUUUGCCCUGGGCCGCACCUUCGCGGUCGGGGGGCUCAGUGCAGGCUCCGCUCUGGCUGCAGGUGCUACUAUGGGCACGGUCUUGUUUCCUGGGCUUACCCGAGAGGCAGAAAAAGCCACACUGUCCACCCUGAAUGAUCGUUUUUCUGCGUACAUGACCCAAGUAAGGUCUUUGCAGCAGGAGAAUGCUGCACUGGAGGCCAAACUGUUCAUGCUGACCGGUGGUACCGACAUGUCCCCAGAGUCAUCCUCUGCCACUCCAGUGGAGUUUGAGAACCAGCUGGGUGAGUACCGUGGCACUCUGCAGAACCUGACCCUUGAUACCAUCAAGCUGGAGAUAGAACUUGACAACGUGCGUGGUACCGCCCAUGAGCUUAAGGCCAAGUUUGACUUUGAACAAGGGGUCAGGUUUCAGCUAGAGUCUGAUAUUGCUGCUAUGAAAAAGGACAUCGAAUCGGCAUCGGACAUAAGAAUCGAUUUGGACACAAGGUACUCCAGCCUGAAGAGUGACCUGGACUUCCUCAACAAGACACAGGACGAGGAGCUGUCUGCUCUGCAGUCCAAACUGGGUACGACCACCAAGGACACCUCAGUCUCCAUGAUUGAGGUGGACACCAUGAGGUCCUUCGACAUCUCCGCAGCGCUCAACAAGUUGCGAAUGGAGUACGAAAAGUCUGUCCGGCAGCACAGAGAGGAAGCCGAAGCCUACUACAAACUCAAGAUGGAUGAAAUACAGACCGCUAACGUCAGGAGCGGAGAGGCCGUGUCGUCAACCAAAGGUGACAUCGGAGCAGCCAAGAAGGAGCUCCAGACGCUCAUGAUAGAGUUACAGGGUCUCAUCACACAAAACACAAGCCUGGAGCAGGGUCUGGCUGAGGCCAAUGCUCAGUCCACCGUCGGUGUGGCUGAGUACCAAGCCCAGAUCGCCAGCCUCACGGCCGCCAUCGAGCUCGCCAAAGCAGACCUUCACAAACAGAUCCUGUCCUACCAAGAGCUGCUGGACGUCAAACUCGCCCUGGACGUCGAGAUCUCCACCUACAGAAAGCUACUGGAGGGAAAUGAUUUCAAAUUUCCAGAUUUUUCAGACUCUUCCUACAGUUUCUCAGCUGGUGGAGGAGGAAUACACGUCAAACAGAUCAUGUCAGAACACACAGAGACUUCACUCAUCAGCGAUGAAUCUUCCUAAAGAUUAAGUUGAACAGACCACAACGAAUCUUGGAAGCCAACGUGUGUGAAUCUCCCCAACCUGUUAUUUCAAUAAAGCAGCAUUCCAAAAAACAAA